AUGGCACACGCACUCAUCCUCGGCGCCUCGGGCAUCUCAGGCUGGUCCCUUCUCAACCAAGCCAGGACAUACCCCACGCCCACGACGUUUGCCCGCAUCACCGGCACCACUAACCGGGCAUUGACCCUCGAAGAGGCGCGGCUGCCUGCGGAUGACCCCCGUUUGGCGAUCGUGUCUGGGAUCGAUUUCACGAGGGGUGUGGACGAUGUCGCGGCGGCGAUGAGGGAGAAGAUCCCUGAUGUGGAGACUGUUUCUCACGUCUUUUAUACCGCAACAGCCAACACGGAAUUCCUCUCCGUCGCGAUCCAAGCCAUCGAAAAGGUAUCCCCGCGUCUCGCGUUUGUCGUCUUACAGACGGGCGGAAGAGGGUACGGAUUAAUGUGCCCGGACACCGUGCGCGUGCUGCGCACCCCGCUCCGCGAAGACGCCCCGCGGAUCCCGCGGCCGUGGGCCGACGAGGUGUUUUACUACGCGCAGCACGACCUGCUGCAGGAGCUGUCGCGGGGAAAAGGGAGGACGUUUUCCGAGAUCCGACCGGAUGGGAUUGUGGGGUUUGCGCCGACGGCGAAUGCGAUGAAUAUGGCGAGGGGGGUUGGGAUUUAUUUGUCUGUUUGGCGGUAUGUUUUUGGUACAGGGGCUGCUGGCGGGGUCGGACGUCGAGUGGAGGUGCCGUUUCCGGGGUCCCUGAGGGGGUACCGCGCCACGCACACGGAUACGUUCCAGGACGUGCUCUCCAAGAUGGAAAUUUUCGCGGCGGUGGUGAAUCCGGAGGAAUGCGGCGGUGGGAAAGCGUUUAAUGUCGCGGACGGCGAGGCCGUGUCUUCGUGGUCGGGGGUGUGGCCUCGGUUGUGCGCGCACUUUGGUCUCGUCGGGGUGGCGCCUUCUUCUCCUCCUCCUCCGCCCUCCGGCGCCGAUACCAACAACGAAACUGAUGCCGAUGCCGACACCGGCACAGGUACCGCGUCCGGAUCGACGAACCCACCGUCGAUGAAGGCCUUUAUCGCGAAGCACGACGACGCAUGGGUCGCGCUGGCGCGGGAGCACGAGCUAGAUGAGGGCGCUGCGAGGGAGUACAAUUGGGAUUUCCUGCACUUAAUGUUGGUGCAGUGCGACUUUGAUCGCGAGUACGAUCUUACGCGAGCGCGCGAGGUCGGGUUCGAGGAGGAGAUUGACACGGUGGAGGGGUAUUUUACUGCAUGGGAACGUAUGAGGGAUGCGAAGCAGUUGCCGUCGUUUUGAUGCGGAGGUGGUGUUGUGAGGUGGACGUGGAGUGCGUCGUCCGUCGUGUUACAUCAACGGACUGGAUGGAGGAGAGGUGAUGGGAGAUGUCGGGUUGGAAUGCGGCAUGACCACCACCACCACCACCACCAUUGCAUAGAAAUUAGCUGGAACUUGCCAUGGUCUUGGAUGCAAGAGUAUGCAAAUAGAAUCCAACCCUAGAAAGGAAUGAUUCAAUGGCGUGAGGUGUUCCUUUACGGAUUGUGUUUGCCUCGAUGGGCGACGGUGAUGGCGGGUCGGGGUAAUCUUGCUACGGCAGUGGGAGACGAAAGACGAGGUGGCGGGGUGUCGUCCAAAGUUGGGUGGGCGACGGAGAGGAG